AUGACGUUUUCCCAUGCGGUUGUCAUGACGUCGUCUCUCUCCGUCGCCCUGCACGGGGGCGGUCGCGUGCUCAGCAUUCAGUCACAUACCGUCCAGGUGCCCCACUCAGGUGUUUCUCAGGCGCCCAUCUCAGGUGUCUCUCAGGCGCCCCUCUCAGGUAUUUUCUCAGGGGGUCCCUCUCAGGCUUCUCUCAGCUGUCCCUUUCAGCUGCCCCUCUCAGGUGUCUCUCAGGUUCCCCUCUCAGGUGCCCAUCCCAGGUGUCUCUCCAAUGUCUCUCAGGUGCUUGCUUAG